CAGAUGUCACAUCAGUCGUCAUUCUCCUCGGCACGGCACAAUCCGCCAUCGCCAAAAAGAAGUGUUUCCUCUAACUUUUUCGGUGAAAUCACGUUGGAAAAUACUCUUUUCGCGUGGAAAAUUAUGUGAAAGUGAACAUUCUAUGUGCUCGGAUUAGGUGGUGCGUGGAAAACUUUAGUGCAACUUGGAUAACCUAGAAAAUUACUUGCAAAAUGAUCAAAAUGGAAACGGAUAAGAUCGAAGACGUUACUGGCAACAACACACAGUACCCAAUGACUGUGUUACCAUACGACACAUCUAGAAAAAAAGACUCGGCGUCGUCAGCGAAUUUCGGCACGGAACGCGAGGCCUGUUUGCGAUAUUUUGAAAAAUGGAGCGAAACAGAUCAGGUCGAAUUUGUGGAGAACCUUUUGACUCGCAUGUGCCACUAUCAACAUGGUCACAUCAAUUCAUACUUGAAACCCAUGUUGCAAAGAGACUUUAUUUCCUUGUUACCUAAAAAAGGUCUGGAUCACGUAGCGGAGAAUAUUUUAUCUUAUCUUGACGCCGAGAGUCUAAAAAAUGCCGAACUAGUCUGUAAGGAAUGGUUUCGUGUGAUAUCAGAAGGAAUGCUCUGGAAAAAAUUGAUAGAAAGAAAAGUUAGAACAAUUUCUCUUUGGCGAGGGCUGGCCGAACGCAGAGGAUGGAUUCAGUACUUAUUCAAACCGCGUCCUGGCGAAAAUCAUCGGCCACAUAGUUUUUACCGUACAUUAUACCCGAAAAUAAUUAGAGAUAUAAGCAGCCUGGAGAACAAUUGGCGUAAUGGCAAGCACAUUUUACAGAGGAUCAAUUGUCGAUCGGAAAACAGUAAAGGCGUUUACUGUUUACAGUAUGAUGAUCAGAAAAUCGUUUCUGGAUUAAGGGACAAUACCAUUAAAAUAUGGGACAGGACUACACUACAAUGCACCAAAGUGCUAAUUGGACACACAGGGUCAGUACUUUGUCUCCAGUACGACGACAAAGUUAUCAUUAGUGGCAGUAGCGAUGGUACAGUGCGCGUUUGGAACGUGCACACUGGGGAGAUGGUAAAUACUUUGAUACAUCAUUGCGAAGCCGUUUUACAUCUUAGGUUCAAUAAUGGAAUGAUGGUCACUUGUUCAAAGGAUCGUUCCAUAGCCGUUUGGGAUAUGGUUUCACAAUCUGAAAUAAGUAUCCGAAGAGUUUUGGUUGGACAUCGAGCGGCUGUAAACGUUGUAGAUUUUGACGAGAAAUAUAUUGUAUCUGCCAGCGGAGACCGCACAAUUAAAGUUUGGAAUACGUCAAAUUGCGAAUUUCUUCGUACGCUUAGUGGGCAUAAAAGAGGCAUUGCAUGCUUGCAAUAUAGAGAUAGAUUGGUAGUUAGCGGCAGUUCAGAUAACACUAUAAGAUUAUGGGAUAUAGAAUGUGGAGUUUGUUUGCGAGUCUUAGAGGGUCAUGAAGAGUUAGUUAGAUGUAUACGCUUUGAUAGUAAACGAAUCGUUAGUGGUGCAUAUGACGGAAAAAUUAAAGUUUGGGACCUGCUUGCGGCUUUGGACCCACGCUCUUCGACUAGUUCUCUAUGUCUACGAACACUAGUGCAGGAGCACAGCGGACGCGUAUUUAGAUUACAGUUCGACGAAUUUCAAAUUGUCAGCAGUUCGCACGAUGACACGAUUCUUAUAUGGGACUUUCUUCAUUCGAUUCCUGAUCGGAACAUGAGCAAUGUCGGAUGUGGAACUUCACCAUCUUCACCUGUUUGGACUGAUUUACACUUGGACUAAACUGGUUGUGCUAGUUGCUGUAGAUUAAGAGAAACGUGAUUUUAAAAUGAUCUGCAUCCUGUGGAUGUAAGUGUCGAUAAUGCCGACAUGUGAGUGAUUGAAUAACUAGCUAAAAUAAUUGAUAUGUUUUAGUUAGUCUAUUAUAGAUCUCUGGAUUCGCCUUGGUUGAUAUUGUAAAUCACCGUGAAUGUAAGAAGUUGCCCAUGUUGCAGUUUAUACAGAUUACAUUUACCAGAGGUAAUAUCAGGAGAUAACA